GGAGGAGGAGGAGGAGGAGGAGCGGCCCCGCUCCGCUCCCGGCGAGCUCAACAAAGGGCGUCGGGGCAUGGCGGGGGCCGGGGCCGGGAGCGGGCCGCCCGCCUAGCGCCGGGAUGGCGGCUGAGGGCGGCGGGUGGCGGUGGGCGCUGGCGCUGGGCAUGGCGCUGGCCCUGGGCGGCCGCCGUUGCGGCUGCCCCGCCGCCGCCCCUUUCCUCAACGCCUCGGCCGUUCCCGAGCGCUGCCGCCGCCCCGCGCCCUGCGAACGGCUCCGUUACGCUGCCUGCCUGGGCUCGGCGUUGCCCUACGCCGCCACUUCCACGCUGCUGGCCGCCGACUCCGACUCGCAGGAGGAGGCUCACGGAAAGCUCCUGCUCUGGUCCGGCCUUCGCAACGCCCCGCGCUGCUGGGACGUCAUCCAGCCCCUGCUCUGCGCCGUCUACAUGCCCAAGUGCGAGGACGGCCAGGUGGAGCUGCCCAGCCAGACCCUCUGCCAGGCCACCCGUGCGCCCUGCACCAUCGUGGAGCGCGAGCGCGGCUGGCCCGACUUCCUCAAGUGCACGCCUGACCGCUUCCCUGAGGGAUGCCCGAAUGAGGUGCAGAACAUUAAGUUCAACAGCUCGGGGCAGUGCGAGGCGCCGCUGGUGCGGACGGACAACCCCAAGAGUUGGUACGAGGAUGUGGAGGGUUGCGGCAUCCAGUGCCAGAAUCCGCUCUUCACUGAGAAGGAGCACCGCGAGAUGCACGUCUACAUCGCCGCCUUCAGCUCCGUCACCAUCUUCUGUACCUUCUUCACCCUGGCCACAUUCGUCGCCGACUGGAGGAACUCCAACCGCUACCCCGCUGUCAUCCUCUUCUACGUCAACGCCUGCUUCUUCGUGGGCAGCAUCGGCUGGUUGGCGCAGUUCAUGGAUGGCGCCCGCGACGAGAUCGUGUGCCGGGCCGACGGCACCAUGCGGCUGGGGGAACCCACCUCCAAUGAGACACUCUCCUGCGUCAUCAUCUUCGUCAUCGUCUACUACUCGCUGAUGUCGGGUGUCAUCUGGUUCGUCAUGCUGACCUACGCCUGGCACACCUCCUUCAAGGCACUGGGCACUACCUACCAGCCGCUGCUGGGCAAGACCUCCUACUUCCACCUCAUCACCUGGUCCAUCCCCUUCGUCCUCACCGUAGCCAUCCUGGCUGUGGCGCAGGUGGAUGGUGACUCCGUCAGCGGCAUCUGCUUCGUGGGGUACAAGAACUACCGCUACCGGGCUGGCUUCGUCCUGGCACCCAUCGGGCUUGUCCUCAUCGUGGGGGGCUAUUUCCUCAUCCGGGGCGUCAUGACGCUCUUCUCCAUCAAGAGCAACCACCCUGGGCUGCUGAGCGAGAAGGCGGCCAGCAAGAUCAACGAGACCAUGCUGCGGCUGGGCAUCUUCGGCUUCUUGGCCUUUGGCUUCGUCUUCAUCACUUUUGGCUGCCACUUCUAUGACUUCUUCAACCAAGCGGAGUGGGAGCGCAGCUUUCGGGAAUAUGUCCUGUGCGAGGCCAACGUGACCAUCGCCACGCAGACCAACAAGCCCAUCCCAGACUGCGAGAUCAAGAACCGGCCGAGCCUGCUGGUGGAGAAGAUCAACCUCUUCGCCAUGUUCGGCACCGGGGUCUCCAUGAGCACCUGGGUCUGGACCAAGGCCACCCUGCUCAUCUGGAAGCGCACCUGGUGCAGGCUGACGGGGCAGAGUGACGACCAGCCCAAGAGGAUCAAGAAGAGCAAGAUGAUCGCGAAGGCCUUCUCCAAGCGCAAGGAGCUGCUGCGUGACCCGGGCCAGGAGUUGUCCUUCAGCAUGCACACCGUCUCGCACGACGGCCCCGUGGCCGGUUUAGCGUUCGACAUCAACGAGCCGUCGGCCGACGUGUCCUCAGCAUGGGCCCAGCACGUCACCAAGAUGGUGGCCAGGAGAGGAGCUAUUCUUCCCCAGGACAUCUCUGUGACACCCGUGGCGACGCCUGUGCCGCCGGAGGAGAGGGCCAAUCUCUGGGUGGUGGAGGCUGACGUCUCCCCCGAGCUGCAGAAGCGCAGCGGCCGCAAGAAGAAGCGGAGGAAGAAGAAGAAGGAGGUGUGCCCGGGCACCGAGCACUGCCUGGGGGGUUCUGCAGCCCCCCUGGCCCCCAGCGCUGUCCCUCGCCUGCCCCGGCUGCCCCCCCAGCCCUGCCUGGUCGCCUUCGCCCCCGACAUCCUCCCGGGGCUCCCGCCCGGCCAGCCUGAAGCCGCCUUCGCUGGGGGGCCGUGGGACGGCCGCCGCAGAGCCAAUGUCUUCCACCUCAUCAGCAACCCUUUCUGCCCCGAGAGCGGGUCCCCGGACGAGGAGAGCCCUGGCCCCAGCAGCGGGCGCCGGCAGCACAACGGGGGUCCGCUCUGGCCCCCUGACCCCGGCACCCUGCCCAGGACUCAGGGCCGACGGGCCGGCUUGGCCCCCAUCCACUCUCGGACCAACCUGGUGGACGCGGAGCUGCUGGAUGCUGAUUCGGACUUUUAAACCUGGCGGGAUGUUGCAAGGGGACAGGGACACCUGGGGUGAGACCCGAAGACUCGUCCAGCAUGGGCAGCCUGUGAGGGGACACCGAAGCCCACCCCGUCCUGCCGGGGCCGGUCCCGAGCAUCCCUCCGGCCCAGCCACGGCUGAUUUCUCCCCUCGGAGGACGGCGUUUCUCCCCACGUCGCCCAGACAGACUCGAUGCACAUCCCAGCCUGGCAAGACGCUGGCAGAAGGGUUUUGGGGUGUCCCCCUGCCACCGGCAUUGCUGGGAGAAGAGAAAUGGGGUGUCGGUGGAACAAACCCCACCCAGGUCCUGCAGGGAUUGAAGGAGAAGGGGGACAUUGCCACCCACAGGGACGGGAGUGGGUGGCCCCCCCAGGACAGCGGUACCAGGCAGCGGGCGAGCGUAGGUCAGGGUAGAUUUUGGUGAGCUUUGUCCCACGUCCCGGGGUGCUGGGACCCGCUGACACCCCUUGCUCGCCCUCUGCCCCCAACCACGGCUAGAUGGUACGUAGAGCUUACAAACACUUGUGCCAAUAGGAUUUGGUUUCGGUUUUUUUUUUUUAAUUUUUUAAUCUUUGUAUAAUACACGAGACGUGAUGGCCAGGCAUGGCCUCCGCUCAGGUGCUGCGGCUGACAGCGGGAUGAGCUGACCUCCCCUUCCCUCGGCGGCAGCAGCAUCCCUGGGGUGCACCCGUUUUUCUGGGUACACCCCUAUUUCUUCAGGGGUCCCAAAGUGCCUUCCAGCUCCCCAGAGAGCUGAACCAGACCCAAAACAGAGGGUUGGUGGGACAGCAGUCCCUGGCCACGGGAGAUGGGGAGCCGCAUUGGGGUGCACGGGUGCUCCCCGAGCCACGAUGCAAAAAGAAAAAAAGAAACUUUAUAAUCCCAGGGCAUGCAAGGCGAGCCAUGGUUGCCUUUGCUGUCUAGGUGCACCAACACCCUGAGCAAAGCUUUUUGUUAUUUUUAUUAAGAAAAAACCCCAAGUUACAGUGAACCCGGCCGAGCUCCGAGGCAGGAGGUCUCCAGUCCCUGCUGGUGUUUUGUAUCUGUCCAUUAUCCCUGUACGUGUUUUUAUUAAAUCCUGGUAGGCUCCUGGCUUUCUUGCUAUCCCGGUGACCUCCACGGGUUAAUUUUUGCUGUGUAAAGGAAAACCCUCCUGUAUCAGUAUUAAAUUUGCCAAGUUUCCAUUGCCA